AUGGCGAGAUGCGGUCGGAACUUGAGAAAAGUAGCUGAGUGCAUAAAACAGUUACCGUCCACAGCCAACCGGGAUAUCCAGAACAGAAGCAACGUUAGAUACCUUUCAUCAUGCGGGAUCCUGAUGAUGCGUGCGCAUCCCCUGCUGAGUGCAGCCGUGCCAGGGCGCCCCAUCACACUGCCUACACGCAGCUUCUUCAACCUCGCAGAUUCCUUCUCCAAGAGGAAGGAGUACUCAGAGAGACGCAUCAUUGGGUAUUCCAUGCAGGAGAUCUAUGAAGUGGUGGCUGAGGUGGAAAACUACCGCCUCUUUGUUCCCUGGUGCAAGAAGUCUGAGGUGGUCUUCAAGAGAUCCGGCUUCUGCAAGGCCAAAUUAACCGUGGGCUUCCCCCCUGUAGUGGAGAACUACACCUCUCUCGUCACUACAGUACGCCCUCACCUGGUCAAGGCGUCCUGCUCAGAGGGUAAACUGUUCAACCACUUGGAGACGAUGUGGCGUUUCAGCCCUGGCCUCCCUGGGUACCCUCGGACCUGCACUGUGGAUUUUGCUAUCUCCUUUGAAUUUCGCUCCCUCAUCCACUCCCAGCUCGCUCACGUGUUCUUCGAUGAGGUGGUGAAGCAGAUGGUUUCUGCGUUCGAGCGCCGUGCCUCCAGUGUAUACGGAGCCGAGACGCCCAUCCCGCGCGAGCUCAUGUUCCACGAGGUCCACCACACGUAGCGACAGCCUCCCUCUGCUGCACAAACACGGACCCACAAACAACAACGUCAGAGAGCCCGAAGAGAGACUAUCUUUGUUCUAACUGAAAGUGCCUUUCUCACAACAAUGAAACCAUUUCCUGUGUCAGAUUUUAAAGCUGGUGUGGAUCCUCCAGCUGAUUUUCACCUUGGUGCUAAUGCAGGCUCCUGUAUCAGACCUUGAUCUGGUUGUGAAACUGAGCCCGCAGGUCAAAUGGAGGCCCCGCGGUGCGUCAGGCCAGUGCGUCAUCACUUCUGUACACAUUAGCUAUAGGGAUGCACCAGAGCAGGCACUGACACAACUGAAAACCGAGACAAAGCAAUGAUGAGCUGCAACAUGCAGAGUUUAUUCAGAUAUUUUAGAUAUUUACUUUUAUUUACUUUUGCACACAGAUUCUCUAACGUUACAUUUACCUGCACCUAACAGUCGAAGACUUGAAGAUAUUCAGUUUCACACAUGACACAGGAAAGCAAAGAGUUCAGCUGGAGCCAGACAAUGACUGAAAUUAUUCCGGAAGCUGCUGAAUAAUUGAAACCUUUCUUUUUAAGUAAGCUGCGUUUCCACCACAUGGACCAGAGCGUAGGUUAAGUUCCAGGGGAAAAAGUUUCUGCUUACACUUCUCAAAAGUACAGGAACUUCAGAGGGGAGGGGGGCGUGUGAUUGGUGGCAUACUCUGGAGUACUGAAUUACCAACAACUACUGGACAUUAUUUUGUUGUAUAGUCUAAUGCUAAACCAGCUGUCACCUAUUUAUAAAUGGACUCAUUUGCUGCUAAGCUGUAUGAAGGAACAGUUUAGUUCCUGGACCUCUGGACACUGAAUGGAAAAGCAGCUUUAAACAGAAAAAAGAACACAGGCUCCAGCUGCUUAAGUGUGUGUUGUGCUUUGUUUUGUCAAAAUGAUUGUGAAACUGAAGAUUUUUUGGUCUUGGACUGUUGGUCGCACAUUUGAAGACAUUGCAGUGCACUGUGGCAAAACACACAGGGCUUUUCUCAGUAUUUACUGACAGAAUUUGAGGAUUGUGAAAGCAAACAUUUAUUGUGGCUAGUCUAGUCUGCUGAUGAGGACCACUUGAACAUUUCUCACCCCGUAUGGUUCUUUUAGUACGAUGGAAAUGGAAAGGCAGCUUCAUUUAUAUUCCAAACACAGAGGCAAAGAAGAGCAUUAGACCAACAUCACAAUAAAAAGCAGAAGAAUUUCACUGAAUGUACAGCAACGUGACAUGUAAAGUAUAAGAUUAAAAAAAAAUGAAAGACAUAAGGAAAAAAAAGGUCCCAGUGAGAGACGAUACAGGAUGUAGUGACGCCAAAACAAAGUGACACAGUUUCAGGGAAGCACAAGGUUACUAAUGAUGCCCAAAAGCUUUCCUGCCUUCCAAAAUGCACUUUACACUGUGCACACAGCUGGGACAUACUGUGCCAUAACAUUGCACCUUGAACUUUGACCCUCUCGCUGUAUCUGCCAUGACAUUGUAGGUCAGAAUGGCCAGAAAAGUACACACAUACUCCGUACCCCCUCUGGAUACUGUAGAACAUCCUGGUAUUUUGGCAUUUAUACUUUUGUGGUAAACUCCAUAAUAGUGUAGUAUGAGUAAUGGAAGUCAGAACCAACACCACUGAAAUCCCAUAUCUUUGUACCAAAGGUAGAGUAUGUGCCCAUGAUGGGGCACAGAGAAUGUUAUAAAUCCCCCGUUUUAACAGAAACUCUCACAACAAACCAACAUGUUGUAUCAUAGCCAGCAGAUUAGACACUCGCUGGAUGUCUAACUGCUGACAGACUAAGCUGCUGUUAUUUAGCUGCUUUAUUUUCAGUGUGGAUGGACACUGGACGUCCAUCAUUAGUAACUGAGUACUCAGUUAGACAGCAGUGGGUGGAGAUCUUUGGGUUUAAGUGUGCAAUAGCAGCGGUGUGUUGUAGUCAUGCUGAAUGCAGCCGAGCAAGCGUGUAAAACCCACUGCUGAUGUCAGGGCCCAGAGCGGCUGCUAGGCAGGAGCCAGAGCUCGUUUUAUCAAACUAAUGAGAAUUAGUUUUGGUUGUAGUGUUGUUUUUGAUUUCACUCCUGCUGUAUGCAGUUUAGCUCGUUUCAAACUGAGGAUUUUUGAGAUUUAAAAAACGCUUUACAUUACUUGCUGAAGUGGCUGCAUCUUUAGUCACAGUUCUGUUUAUUUGUUUUUGUUUUUGGAGCUAGAUGUUACCAUGUUUGAACAAGAGCUGGUUUAGUUAGCAAGCUAAAGUAACGCUCUGUCACUAUUUAAAACUACUCAGAUGUUUUGGUUAGUUGAACUUCUAGGAUGUCCCUUUCAGUGAGAUGUGUUCAGUCAGGGUCCACUACAACUUCUUUCAAAGUAGCCACUCUCUAAAUGAACGAGUCAUACACUCAUUUAGAGUGUCUCUAAAUCACCUCCAUGUUCAGGUGUUAUGAAGGGAGAGUUUUUUUGUACCAGGCUGUAAACAUGUUUUUUUUCUGCUGUAAAGUUUUUAACAUUUUUAACAUGGAAGUCUAUGAGGAUUGGCUCACUUUUGGGGCCAGCCUCAAGUGGCCACUAAAGGAACUGCACUGUUAGGCAGUUCAGCUUUGGCUUCAUUCAUCAUCUCCCACCAUGUUAUUAGCAGCCUCCAUAUAUGGUCAUAAAUGUGCUUCAUGUUUGACCUCUGACUGAUGUCAGAGUGGUUGCUCCUUCAGUGUUGACCCCUCACAGCCCAGUACAAAUAAACUGAGAGUGAGAUCUAUGGAGAAUGUAAAAGGACGUAGCCCUGAACAUGUAUGCGGGCUCAGUCGCCCCUACUGUUGCUUUGCUUCACACUGGCACCUUUCAGUUAAUCAUGAAUGUCAACCGCGUCCCACCAGCCAAUUGGAAAAGCGCAACCUUGACUUCUUCUUAGUUCAUUCAGUGGUGUCUGGUUCUGCAGGAUCACGUACUUGUGUGUAUGUAAGGAUUAUUUAAAGGUAACUUAAUUUGUGCUGAAUUAGCGGUGAUAUGUUUUGUAGGCAAAUACAAAUCAAUAAAAAGGGAAUUGGCUGCAAGGGAAUACAACUGUGCUGCAAGACUUUCUGUUGAUCAUGAAACAAAACCGUGAGAAAAUGAUACUAACCCUGAUAAAUGCUAACCUAAAGAAGAGAAAUCAAAUGUUUAAAUGCAACACAGAGAUUCAGAGAGUGCAUUCUGAUCAUUAUUAUUAGCAAACAGCUCAUUGUUUAGUCAGAAACAGCUUUUACCAUUACACAACCAGCAUGUUACUUGUAGCGGUUUGAUAAGAUGGGGCUCAGAUCAGGAUGUUUCAGUGAUGAGUCCGCUGACCUGAACCCUUCCACCUGUCCAACACACAGCACCCACAGAGUGCCUCCAGACCUGCUGGCAACAUAUUUAUCUUCAUUUGUAAAGGAACAAUAUACUCAUUUUAUCAUAUUUAUUACUUAGUUUAGGUGUAAAUGCAAGCACUUCACUCUGGGAGCCACAUGUUAGCAUUUAGAAGCAGUAUUCCUAAUACAAUGUCAUUUUACAGCACUGGGGGAACUCCUCCAUCAGUGUUGCUGUAUCAGUAUCGUCAUGUUUAUACACUGCUCUGCAUUUGCCUUUUCUCUGCUUACUAUCACUGCUUUACUGCUUAUGAAUGCUAACUAAGGUGGCUUCAUGUGAAGUGUAAGUGUGUAAAUACUAGUUUUAAGAUCACAUUAGAGCUAUACACUGCUGUUAAAGAGUAUGAUUAUGGAUUUGUGUCAGCUUGUUUCAUGCGAUGUGGAAAGGACGUUUUGUUUGUGUUGAAAAACGUGGACCGACUGCAUGAUUUAUAAAGUAUUUUUUCUAAAAAACAAA